GGAAUAAACUAAACCUCAAGGAGCUUCCUAGGGCAGAAAUGUGAUUAAGGAACAAUUCAGCUGACUCAUGCACUUAGGCGAAUAAAUUAAUGUCAUGUGCCAAGAGGGAGGAUUUUUGUUAGCAGUUGCAGACAGAUGACUGUAAACAAUGCUGUUGGGAGCAACUGUAAAUUCUCAAUAAAGUGGAGACAGCAACACCAACAGUACCAGCCAAGCAUGCCUAUAAAUACCCUCGUUCCCUUUCUCUAAUGUAUCAUCAUCCUUCUCCGUCUUCUGCUUCUACUUUCUCUCUGUACAAUCUCUAACCUAAAGCAAUGGCUAAAGCUCAAAGCAUCCUCCUCCUGAGCAUUGCACUCCUGCUUGUUCUAGCACAAGAAAAUGAGGUCUUUGGCUUCAAGGACUUUGCUCCAGAGUUUGACGUACAAGCAAGCCGAGGCAGCCAUCAGAUGUCUGGUACCACUCAAGGCAGUCUUAAGCCACAAGAUUGCGGUCCGAGAUGCAAGUCUAGAUGCUCGGCGACAUCGUACAAGAAGCCGUGCUUGUUCUUCUGCCAAAAAUGCUGUGCCAAAUGCUUGUGUGUUCCUGCUGGAACCUAUGGGAAUAAGCAAACUUGCCCUUGCUAUAACAACUGGAAGACAAAGAGAGGAGGCCCGAAAUGUCCCUGAACAUUACAUUUUCCUUCGAUAUAUUCCUAACCAAUCAUUUUGGUAAUUCCAAGUAACCGGCCACGGCCACAAUUAGGGAGAAGAACAAGAAGAAGAAAGGCAGAGCUACGUUGCCUUUGUGCUCUUUAAUUCAUUCCAAGUUGUAUGUGCCCAAGUUUCUCAGAAGUACUACUAGUCUAUUUCUGCAGUUGACAUCUCCUACUUUUGAGUCCUUAGAGGUUAGAUUUAACAUGAAUCUUGCCUGAGUUAUGAUAUGUUUGUUGUUUGUGUUCCGUCAAUAUCAAAACCAGCUUUCAGAAUA